AGAACAUCAACGAACCACGACAAACUAUUGCAGUCCCCCUGCUUAAGAAGGCCUAAUGGCCUAAUCAGUCUCAGGUGUGACUCCUGGCUCCGCCCCCUCAUCAGGCCCAGCAAUGUCGACAAACAGAAACAAAGGCCCCGGCCAAGCAGAGGUCACAGGGAUCCUUGGCCAAAACGUCACGCUCCAGUUCAGGUUUAAUCAAACCAUCAUCUCCAAGAGGAGCCAUUUUGCGGUUUACACGACAGGCCCCAAGAAGAUGGCUGAGUGGUUGCCCCAGAAAGGUUGCUCGACAUGUCUUGGUCUUUACUUGGACAAUUCUUCUGCACAUUACCAAAUUACAAACCUCACACACGGUCACUCCGGGACCUACUGGGCCACCCUGUUCACGAAAAGUGGACCGGCCAGACAGAGUUCUUCAGUACACCUGCUUGUUUUGGAGGAAAACAGCCAUGAUACAACUUGUAUUGUCUUUUCUUCAGUAACGUGCAGUUUCAUGGCUGUUUCUCGCGUAGAAGGAAACAGAAGGAUAACCAAACACACGCCUGGAACAAGUCAUCUUCCCUUUUCUGGUCCAGUCAUUGCCAUCCUUGUGGUUUCACUUGUCGUCUUGUUGGCAGCGGUGCUCCCAUUUUUAUUCUGGUGUUGUGUCCGAACCCGAGGGACCAAAGUUGGAGCAUUCUUUCGCACAGACGUCAACGCGGACGGAAACUCACAACCCUCAACACAGGCGCCGCCAACCGCGCCGGAACCCACGUUUGUGUACAGUGUCCUGGACUUUCCAAAAAGACUGCCGACACCUUUGAAGGACAAGCCCACAGAAUAUUGUAGUGUUGUCGUGUAUCCCCCCUCCAUUCCAACUAAAAAGGAAUUGUGUAAUUACAAUUAAAUGUAAAAGCACAAUGUUGGUGAAGUAAAGCUGAAAGUUUUUGGACAUUUCUUGCAAAUAAGUUAAAGGGGCUCACAGUAAGGUUUUACAAAGCAGAAAAUGUAAUA